AUGAUGGUCACUGCAGCACUCUCGGUCGCAACUAUCGCGUUGAUGUGCCAAUUCGCGUUAGCUUUGCCCACUGAAACCCAGGCUGCAGAUGCUUCGGUUGACUUUUUCCCAGUCGCAAACGGCGGAGGUUCCAUGCUCGACAAGUCUGGAGGCCUCGGGGAGCCGCUCAAUGUGAUCAUUUCAGCGAAGAGCAGCUCAGCUGUGUUGACCAAGGGUGGCCUGACCCUUUUCGCCCAAGCUAUAGGAUUUUCUACGGAAUGUCUUGGCCUCCACAUAGGUGAUCCUCAAACAGCCAACCUAGGCGACGGGAAUGGCGAUGUCAAUGAAAUGGGCGUAUGGAGGGCCGAUUUCGGAAACAUUGCAGUAGGCACUUGUCUCGAGAGUUUGCAAGGGGGUAACCACUUCCGCGCAUGGACUCAGAACGGAUCGAGUGCGAACAGCGGUGCGCUUUUCCUCGCUGCUAACUGUUUGACGCAAAUUCAGGACCUAUCUCAACACCAUACCAUCAUCCCCGAUGGCUAUAAUAUCGGUCGUGAUGAGCUGGUCGCCGCUGCCGUUGGGACUCACAAGCACCCCAUCUUACCGCUGAAAUUUACCACCACAUCGACAAGUCUUACUGGCCUGUUAGCUGCUGGAACUCAGGGCGUCAAUCAUAAUAUCUCUCAGGACGGCAUCGUAAAGUUGCUUACGGUGAGUAUGAAGAUAUCUUUCUGA